UUUGUAGGCAGAGUUUUGAGUGAUUGUGUGCACAUUUGCUGUGGUCUGCAUUUUAAUCUGUUGCAGUGCAUUUUCACGGUGAAUCAGCCGCGCGUUCCCACCCAUCUGUGCCUGAGCGCCCCAUGGGCGCACCCCAGUAGCCGCCGGGAGCGUCACAAAGCCGACCAUGAAAAUCGACACGUCGCGCCUGAAGCGGGGCAACUCGGACGUGUCCCCCGAGUGCCAGGCGCUGAUCGAGCGCCUGCGAUGUUGCUCCCGGACAGAAUUGGCCGCGGAGCUGGCCAAGAUUGAGUCGUGGACGUUCGGGAAGUGCGAACUCUACCACUGGAUUGAGGUUCUGGACAUCUUCGAUAGCAUCCUGGAGGAGGCCACGGACAUCCAGCGCAGCGAGUGGCACAUCGAGAUUGAUGUCAACUUCAGCAGUGAUGAGGUGAAACUGGUGCUACUUGUCCUCAACUUCACCACCCUCCUGAUCGAGCACAGCUUCUCGCGUCACCUGUACAGCUCGAUUGAGCACCUGAGCGCUCUGCUGCUCUCCGUCGACAUGGACAUCGUGCUGGGCGUCCUGAACUUGCUCUACAUGUUCUCGAAGCGCAGCAACUACCUGUCGCGUCUCACAGGUGACACGCGUGCUGCCCUGCUCGGACGCCUCAACUUCAUCGCCGAGAGUUGGGGCGGACGCGAGUACGGCCUGGGCUUGGCCGAGUGCUGUCGUCCGGACGCCCAACUGCCGCCCAGCGCCACCAUCUUCUACUAUGAGUACUAUAACAAGCGAGGCGAUCUCGAGACCAUCAACAUGGAAGACGUGCGUGGAAAGUUCAGUGAUCCACGUGAUCUCACCGUCCAUCUGCUGCAGAGAAGCACAGACAGACUCACGGAUGAACAGCGAAUCCACCUAUUUAUGCGACUCCGUAGCUCAAUGCGCUUCCAUGAGCACCGUGCACGACUGCAAUUUGUCCAGGCGCGCUUGCAGGCGCUGUCGGUGCUCGUGUACUCCGAUGCCAUUCACGAGAAGACCCACUCACUGAUCUAUCCGGGCUUCCUCGAGGAAUUGGUAGAGUUGCUGGAAUUGGCGGGCGGUGACUUGGUGGAGAUUCACGCUGCCGCGUUGCGCACCAUGACGUCCAUCAUUCACCUGGAUCGCAAUCCGACACUGCCGAAGAAGCCAAGUUCACGCCUCGGCAUGAUCAUUGAUGUCACCGGUGCCAAUUCAUAUCACGGUUUCCUGCCCACACUCGUGCGCGGCUGCAUUGGGAGUCUCACGGCGCCCACGGAGACAUUUCCUCUGCCACUGGCCACGGCUCUGUUCAGCUUCCUGUAUCACCUCGCCACGUACGAGGUGGGCGGCGAGAGUCUGGUGGCGUGUGGCAUGAUGGAGAGCCUCCUGCGCGUGAUCAACUGGCAGGGCACUGAAUUGGAGCACAUUACCUUUGUCACGCGUGCUGUGCGCGUGAUUGACCUAAUCACAAACAUCGACAUGGCGGGAUUUCAGCUGCACGCCGGCCUGGCGAGCUUCAUAGCGCGCCUGGAGAUUGAAGUGGCCACGUGUAGGACAGAUCAGCCAGAUGAGAUAGCUGGCGAGGAGGCGACCAGCAUGCAGGAGGCGGCAGAGAUGCCACGGCAUCGUGGCGGUGUCUGUCUGCCACAGCGUGCGGCUCUGCUCAAGUCAAUGCUCAACUUCCUGAAGAAGGCCAUCCAAGACAGGGCGUUUGCCGAGAGUAUUCCACAUGUGAUGGAGGGCACACUGCCCGCCAGCCUGAGACACAUCAUUAGCAAUGCGGAGUACUACGGACCGUCGCUCUUUCUCCUCGCCACGGACGUUGUCACAGUGUACGUCUUUCAGGAACCCAGUCUCCUGUCGGCACUGCAGGACAAUGGACUGACAGAUGUGGUGUUGCAGGCGUUGCUGCACAAAGACGUACCGGCAACGCGAGAAGUUCUCGGCUCACUGCCCAAUGUGUUUAGUGCACUGUGUCUCAAUGGUCGUGGUCUUGAGGCCUUUCUUGCCUACGGUCCCUUUGACAGACUCUUCCGCGUGCUGCUGUCGCCCACUUACUUGCCGGCAAUGCGGAGACGUCGCAGCAGUAUUGGUGACACGGCCACAAAUCUCGGAAAUGCUGUGGAUGAGUUGAUGCGACAUCAGCCACGUCUUCGUCAGGCUGCCACUGCAGCCAUUGUGAAGUUGCUACGAGAUUUAGUGGAGUUGGGUUCGAGUGCGCGUUUCGUCUGCUGGCGUCCACCGGCCACAGUGACGCCACGUGAUGUUCCUGCAAAGAAGACAACGCCUGCAGAUGCUGGCAGCAGUGAUGACGAGGAGGAGGACGAAGAGGAGGCCAGCACGGCGUCUCAAAGGUAUGACACAACCACACCAUCGGCCAGUCGACAACAAGUGCCGCUCACGGACUACAUUCACAACACGAUGAAGUUCAUUGAUGCUAUUCUCAGCAAGAGCAAUUCAGAUGAUCAUUGUCGUGAGUUUGUGAAUCAGGGCGGUCUCAGACCACUGCUGCAAGUGCUGGCGCUGCCCAACUUACCCGUGGACUGUCCAGUGACGGCAUCCGCGCAGAGCGUGGCCGCCGUUUGCAAGUCGAUCAUGAGUUUGGCCUUUGAGCCCAUGGUGUUGGGCAUUGCGCUGGAGCAUCUGAGUGAGAUUGUGACACGCUUGGAGCCGCUGCAGCGUCGCCUUGAGUGCCCCGGUGGCAGUGUGUUGCUGAGUGAAUUGGCUCACUGUCCGGAUCCUGAGCUUGCGUUCGCUACGCCCGCCUUCACGCCGCUUCUUCAUGCCAUCAGUGCGGCUCACGGGUAUAUUGUGAUGCUGGUGCACGUGUGUCGGACGGGGCAGAACAAUGUGCGCACGGUGUCGCUGCAGAAGUGGGGUCAGGACUCUGAACAGGGCCUGGGCUUGCUGCGUCGUCUUGUGCAGCUAUACACGGCGCUGGUGUGGGAGAGUACACUGCUGUUGGCCCUGUGCACGGAUGACAUCAUCCCGGCGGACUGUGACUUUGGCAAGGAGGAUCUCGAUCGUCUUGUGCGUGACACACCGCCCGCCACUGAUGUGGGUGUGAGCAGUGGCGUGACAAAUGCCAUGGAAAACCUCACGACACGAACGGAGACUGUGAUGGAGAUCGACCUGACGCAAUCGAGUACGGAGAGUGAACAGAGUGAGGUGAGACGACGCAGUGGCGCUAAUCCGACGCAAUUGCGAUACAUCAAUGUCUUGCUGAGUGUCUCAUCGCGUCUCGGCCGUGCAUUGGCGGAGUUGUUUGGGCUGCUGGUGAAGGUGUGCAUGGGUUCGUCAAUACGACAACGCCGUGGUCACAGUAUGCCCACAGUUCCGCCAUGCUUCGUGGAGACAUCAAGGGAAAUAGCUCGUGUGCUGAGCUUCACACUGGUGGAUGGAUUGAGUGUGGAGAAAUUGCCACCGUCACCCUUUCCAAAGAUGAAAUUCACAUAUUUGAUCUGCAGUAUUGGCUUCACCAUGCCAAUGUUAUUCGAUGAGCGUCGCUAUGCCUUCCAUCUCAUGCUGCAGAAGUUCGUGCAGGAAGGUGGACUGAAGGCUUUCUUCGAUGUGUUCACUUGGGCUCUCACCAGUGCCACACCAGAAUUGCCUGACAGCACGGUGGAGUUCAUGAAUGAGUGGCUGACCCUGCUGGAGCGACUCAUCAAUCCAAAGGCCAUCCUUCACAGUCCACACGGACUUCCCACCAGACCUCACUCAUCCACACGUGAUCCGUCAGACUUUGAUAUGUUGCAGUACAUGAUGGAGGUGCAGCGAAGUGCCUUUCACGCCAUCCAACAGUUGCGUAGCGUUGUGGCGAAUAGGCACUACAGCGAUCGUAUGCACGAGUAUAUGCUGGUGAUUCUGAAGCACAUCUUCAAGGCGGAGGCGAUCAUUAAGGAGCGCCAGACUGAGAAUCGUGCUGCUGAGGAAGAGACUGAAGAAUCUGAUGUCGCAUCACGUGUUGUUGUGUCACGCGGUCGUGGCAUUUCUAUAACACGUCGAAAUGAUCAGAGAACUGAGGCGCCGGUGAAUCCUCAGCAUCUCCGUCAACUCAUGGACAUGGGCUUCAGUCAUGAUCACUGCACGGCGGCACUGAGACAAGCCACAUCUGUGGAGCAGGCCACGGAUUUGCUGCUGAGCAUGCCGGACAGACCGACGGAGGCGCGUACAAUGGAUGUGGACAUUGGCGAGGAGGAGCAGUACAUUCAUGCCAUUCUCAUGAGCUUGCGCGACAUGCCGGACAAUCUUGUGGAGGGAAGUGCAAUUGCUGAGGCGCCAGAAGUGGCUAAAGUGGAGCCAUUGGCCACUGAGGAGUUGGAUCGAUUCACAGACAGUGCGGUGUAUGUUUGCCUUCACAUUAUAGACACAAUGCCAUCACUGGUGACCAGAGCACUCGAAUUACUCACCACAAUAGCGAAGCGCAAUGGAGAUAAGUGGCGUGAUGAGAUGCUGAGUGUGAUUUUGGAUGAUGUGAUGAGUUGUCUGGCUUACUAUGAGAAGCAUCUCAAUCGUACAACACCGCGUUUGGCCUUUGUGAAUCUCAUGAGUGACACUGCAUUGUCGGAGAGGACGAACAAUCGUCUCCACUUGUUGCGACUGAUGCUGGAUGGUCAGCAGAGUCACGAAACGCGUUUGCCAACGGCGAAUGCCAUUCUGCGUGCCAACAUGUUGACGCGCAUUUAUGCGGUGAUGGAGCGUCUGGAUCACAGACUCACGCACUUCAACACGGAAGUGAGUGGUCCCAAGUGGUUCCCUCACUUGGCGGUGUUGUUCAAUCAGAUGGAGCAGGUGACUGUGUGGCUGGAGCGACGCGAAGCGAUGCUGAGCACAGCUCCGCACACAUGGCGAUGGUACGACGUGGCCACGGCGCAGUGGAACAAUUUCUCGCCGGCCAAUACACGGACCAUUGCAGACGCUUUUGCGGCUGGUGAGGCGAGUGUGCGCAUCCGGAGUGGACGAUCAAGACUCACCAUCAACUUUGGAUGCAUGUCGCAGUUGAAUGAGGAGACAGGCGCCUAUCAGACUGUCAUUGUGAGUCCAGUGACUUCCACCGCAACGCCUCUGGCUGUGCCACGGGGUCUCGAUCAAUUGGAUGUGACGAUGGUGCUGGAGAUACUCAUUGAUCUGCUUCCACUAUCGGUGGAUGUGGCCGUGAAGCUGGCUCUGAUGCGUGUAGCCCUGCGAGUGACGCGCACGCACGCUCAUGCGAAGUACUUUGCGCAACACGGUGGUGUUGAGGCACUGUUGCGAAUGCGUCACGUGCCCGGACAGCCGUCCUUCCUGCAAAUGGCUCUUUUACUCAUCCGGCACGCCAUCGAGGAGCCGCGCACACUCGAAUUGGCCAUGGAGGCGGUGAUUGGGAGUCGUGUAGUGGCAAAUGUGCCGGCUGGCUAUCGUGAUCUCAUCUACCUAACACGACAGAUCAGUGCUGCUGUGGCACGAUGUCCAGAGACGUACGUGAAGGUGGCAAAGCGUGUACUAAGACUGGAUCCUGCGGGUGUUAGACGUGCACAGCAAGACGAUAGUGAGCCGAGAUUGCUGGUGAAGUUGGCCACAACACCUCAGCAGAAUGCAUCGAAGAACUAUGCUGUGGAGGAUAAAGUGACACACGAUGUCAUCAAUGCCAUUCUAAGUGCAUUGGUAACACCUGAUCCUGACGCCACGUCUCGUCGUGGUUCUGUGGAUGAAGACCGAGUGGCUCCACUGGCGGAUGAGGAAGAUGGCGAUUCAUCAACAGCUGACGAGCGGAUGCCGCGUGCUCGAUCGCCGGGAUGGUUGAGUCAAGUGGCUGCACCGUCAGAGACAGCAGAUGGUGAUCGGCCGUUGCUGUCCAAGAACGUAUUGCUACGCUUUCUCAACGAUCUCGUGCGCUCGUAUCAAACGGUGGCACUCAUUGUGGCGGAAUACAGUGUUGAAGAGACGCCACUCAUCGCCUAUCUUAUUGACACUUUCAUUCCGGGGACAGAAUCAAGGCGCGAUCGUGAGUGUAAUGCGAGUGCUAGGAUGCUGAUUUCUUCACUGGCAGCAAUGUCAAGUGUGGGACGUAUUCAGAGCAUUCUUAUUCACGAGGUGAAGGCGGCUUUGGUGCGCACAUGGCAGAUGACUGACAUGGCGAAGAAGUGUGUGCACAUUCAGCUGCUGGCGCAACUCAUUCCAAUACUUAUUGAGGGCAGCCCACCGGAACCACCCGUGGUGAUGACCACGAGUGGACUGAGGCAGCAAUUGAUGAUGCCAAGGCGUAACAACAUGUUUUACGGGAUGGUGAGACUGAAUUUGAUUGAGGAUCUGGCCAGAGUCACACAGCAAGUUGACUUUGCCAAUCCUCAUGCUAUCGCUACAUUAAAUGCCGCCCUGAAGCCACUGGAGACUCUGCUGAGAUUGACGAAUCAGCCAACAUUGUCGGUUGUGACUCGCAGAAGAGGCGCCACACGUCGGCGUACAGCAACACGUGCUGCUCCACCUGAGGAAUCACAGCAGCGCAAUGUGGAUCUCAUUGUGGAGACAGUGAUGAUGUCUCCGGAGAAUGGAGAGCGUCCUGCGCCCGCUGAAGCACCGCCGGCCAACACGUGGGAAGAGGGUGAGGCGUCCACGUGGCCAGAUCUCUACCAAUUAGAGUCUAGCAGUGAUUCGGAGGAGUCAGAGUCUGGCGGUGGUGAGGAGAAUGCCGAACCGGCGGAUAUGGAGAAUGAGGAAGAGGAGGAGCCAGAGCCUGAGGAAGCGGAGCCAGAGGAGCCAAGUGAUAUUGAUGUGGAUGAAGAGACGCGUCAGUUCAUUGAGAUGUAUGAUCAGCACGUGUACGGUCGAAGAUCGCCGUUUGGCGAGGCGGAACGUGAGCAGGAUGAUGUGAUCAUGAUUCAAUACCCACGCGGAGGUGGCGGUGACAGUGUCGAUGCUGAAGCUCCUGAAAGUGGUGCUGCGGAAACACAACGCGACAGUCCACGUGUUUAUUUCCACACUAUGUACGAGGAUGGCAAUGAGACGAGAACAACGGCGCCCCGUGAAGCGCCAACAACAGCGGCGGGCAAUCUGCAGAUGCUGAUGGGGAGCUCACAAAGUACUCCGCCCGAAGGGAAUUCGGUGCAGAGGACAAAUCGUAUGCGGCGCUAUCAGUAUCUGCGGAGUAUUGCGGCGCGUAAUACCACACAACCCGUUAUACUGCAGAGACUCUUGGGACCGAGUCAGCACACUAGCACCACCGCAACACCAUUCCGGGACGCCACGCGAGUGGUGUUGAUGGACAAUGGCUUCGGGAUCUUCUCACCAAGAGAUACAAAUGGCGAGGAGGGUGCCAUUGAUGUGAUUGACCGGGCGGAUUAUAUGUUUGGACGCUCCUUAUCGGCAUCUCUCAGCAACACACCACCAGUUCUCACAGCCUGGGGAGAUGAGAGUAAGCUUCUGGGCCUAGAGACACAGUCGUAUGUCUGUAUGCAAGCGUGCGAGGACAUUUUGCGUGAACUGGAAGUCUUGCGUGCUGCUGAGGCGGAUAAGGUAGCGGCGAAGCGCAAGAAGGCGCAGCCAAAGGCACCCCCAGCAGCAAAUGGUGUGAGCGAGGGUGGAACUGAGGUUGCCACUGUGCCGGAGAUUCGUGUGACGACAGAACAACCAGAGGUGAUCUUGCGCACCACGACAGCCUCGCUGCCGCACGUUGCCGAGGAGGAGGCGGUUGAAGAGCAACAAGAUGGCAUUCAAGUGAUCCUCAUGACACGCACCACGGAUGAUAAUGAGGCCGAGAGGCGUUUCUCAGCGGAGGAACCACGCCCGGCAUCGCCAUCCAGUGAUGAGGAGGCCAGUGAUGAUGCACUGCUUAAUAAUAGUUUACAACUCAUGUCUCCAGCGCAGGAUGAUGAGGAUGAGGAGGACGAGGCGGAGGAGGAGGAGGCCGAGGAGGAAGCUGAAUCUGAGGCGGAAGAAGAGGGACAGGCUGGUCAAAAUGCCGCCAGUGCGACAGAAUCCACACCGCCACCAAUGGAAGAUGCACCACAGGAUGAUUUGAGCAAUGUGCCGGCGGGCAUUGAUCCCAGUUUCCUAGCCGCAUUGCCGGCGGAGAUGCGACAUGAAGUGAUUGAGGAGCACUUGAGAGUGGAGAGGAAUCGCGAGGAGGCGCAACGAAAUGCAGCACAGCAGAACCACGCAAUAGCGGAGAUCAAUUCGGAGUUUCUGGCGGCGCUGCCGCCCAACAUUCAGGAGGAAGUGUUGGCGCAGCAGCGGAUUGACUUGCGUCAGCAAGCCGCCGCUACAGCAAAUCCAAAUGAUCCCGUGGAUGCGGCGGCGUUCUUCCAAAACCUCUCACCGGCCCUGCGACAGAGCAUCCUGAGUGACAUGGAAGACAGUCAGAUUUCAGUGUUGCCACCGGAAUUGGCUGCUGAGGCGCAAAAUUUGCGUCGUGAUUGGCAAUUGAUGCAGGAACACGUGAUGAAUUUGCUGGGCGGCGCGUCCAGUAGUUCAUCAUCAACAGUUUUGAGAUAUCGUGGGCGAGAUGCAGCGCCACGAUCACGUCUACGCGGCGGUUGGGGUGGUCAUCUGCAGAGUCUGGGUGAGCAAGCGUCGGGUGAAGGUGUUGUAACGAUUUUGGGCCAACACAGCAACACAAUGGAUCGUCCAGGGAAUGCAUUUCUGGACCAAGAAGCCCUGACAUCUCUCCUCGUGCAGCUAUUCAUUGAUGCACCAAAGUUCAAUGUUAUGCGCUUCCAUCGGGUGGUGAGGAAUUUGUGCUUCCAUUCGCCAACUAGGCUUUGGAUAAUUCGCGCUCUGCUUGCCAUUAUGGAGAGAACAGGCGAACGAGUUGCUUUGGCACUGAGACGUCCUGAGACACGAAAACGUGGUCCGAAGUGUGCCACAAAGCAGGAGCGUCCAACGUGGCUCAACAUUCGUUUGGAUCCGGCACUUGGAAGUCGCGCCAAUGUCUUUAUCUACAGCGAAGCAACAACUCGUCAGCGUCGGCUGUUGCUCCAUCCUCAAGCGGCCACGUAUGCUUGUCGUCAUGCUCUGGAUUUGCUCACACUGCUGGCAAAGACAUUUGCUGUGAACUUCAUGCCGCGCUCCGAACGUCCUGACGAGGCGGGUCCCAGUCGUGCGCAACCACAGGAUGAUUUCUGGGAUAUUGUGGCCAAGCUGGAUGCGCCAGGUGGUCGCGUGGCACCGCCGGAGCCACAACGUCGCGGUGCACGUCCGAAGCCGACUCCUAUUGUGUUUGCCGAGAUGGAUGCUUACACGCUGGAAGAGGCGCCGUUCGGACGACUGGUGGCCAUGCUGGAGGCGGGAAAUAUACGCAAAAGUCGUCCACUGACGGACAAACUACUGCGACUGCUGGCGUACGUGAGCAUAGCGCUGCCGAAGGAGGUAAAAGACACUCCUCCGCCGCCUUUCGUUGCCACGUACAGCGAACGACUGCUGUCAACGAUAGUGGAUGUGCUGUCGCACAAGUCAUGCUCCGAGGAGGGUUUAGAUGAUGUGGCCACGCUUCUGAGCAAUCUCAGCCAAUGCAGUGGCGCCAUGAGAGAGAGCAUUGUACAGCUACUGGUGGAGGCGGUGGGUGAAUUGGCGCAGCGACUGGAGGAGCAAAUUAGGAGAUUGAUUGAGGAAUUGCUGGAGACUGACUUGUAUCCAACAUCUGGCGAUCCGUCUCCUGAUGAGCCGUCACGUCGUGGCACGCUGCAGGAUCGUUUCACGCGUGAAAUGGUGGUUGUGUCGUCAGAGGGAAGACCCAGGCCGGCCGGUGAUCUGCAACUGCCAAGCAUGGCACCGCUGGUGGUGAAGGCGAGCAAUCAGACAUUCUUCUUGCGCACGCUCAAGAUCAUCUUCCAAGUGCGUAAAGUGGAAAGUGAGGGCGGAACACCUCUGGGUGAUGCCCUGACACUGGACACUCUGUGGCAGGCUCUGAGUGAUUGUCUGGAGUUGUUGAAGCAGUCACACGAUCAACACGCUGUGCUAGUGUUCCAGGCCGCCGUGGAGGCCUUCUUUCUCACGCAUGCACCAUCGAAGCGGAGUGAGGGUGGAGCUGAUGCUCCGCUUGACGUUGUAUCGCCCAUGUCGCCCAUCGCGCACGAUCUGGAACUGCCACGAGUGCGCGGUGAGGCAUCACCGGCAGCAUCGCCGGGUGGGCAUCACGGGAAGUUCCUGAAGUUUGCUGAGAAGCACAGAACUGUGCUGAAUCAAAUCCUGCGACAGUACACGACACACUUGGCUGACGGUCCAUUCGCUGUGCUUGUGGAUCACACGCGAAUUUUGGACUUUGAUGUGAAACGACGAUACUUCCGUACAGAACUGGAGAGAUGCGACGAAGGGAUAAGACGUGAGGAGUUGGCUAUUCACGUGAAUCGCAUGAAUGUGUUUGAGGACUCCUUCCGUGAGUUGUACAGAAGAAAUCCGGAAGAGUGGAAAAACCGUUUCUACAUUGCAUUUGAAGAUGAGGAGGGCCAGGAUGCCGGUGGUCUCCUGCGUGAGUGGUACGUGAUUAUAUCACGUGAGAUCUUCAAUCCAAACUAUGCUCUCUUCACUGUGUCACCCGGAGAUCGGGUAACGUACAUGAUCAAUCCAUCUUCGCAUGCAAACUCAAAUCAUCUGUGCUACUAUAAAUUCGUUGGACGAGUUAUUGCCAAAGCCAUUUACGACAACAAAUUGCUGGAGUGUUACUUCACGCGUUCGCUGUACAAGCACAUCUUGGGCAUUCGCGUGAAGUACACGGACAUGGAGAGUGAGGACUAUGACUUCUACAAGGGUCUCGUGUUCCUGAAGGAGAACAAUAUCACGGCGCUUGGGUGUGAAUUGACUUUCUCGCUGGAAGUGCAGGAGUUUGGCGUGACGGAAGUGAGAGAUCUCAUACCGAAUGGUCGAAACAUUGCCGUGACGGAGGAGAAUAAGCUCGAGUACAUUAGACUGGUGUGUCAGCUGAAGAUGAGUGGAUCGAUAAAGCAACAGCUCAAUGCUUUCCUCGAUGGCUUCUAUGAUAUCAUCCCAAAGCGACUGAUUGCUAUCUUCAAUGAGCAAGAACUUGAAUUGCUUAUUUCUGGUCUGCCGAAUGUCGACAUUGAGGAUUUGCGGGCCAACACAGAGUACCAUAAAUACAGUCCAUCGUCCAUACAAAUUCAGUGGUUUUGGCGCGCUCUGCGAAGCUUCGAUCAGGCAGAUCGGGCAAAGUUCUUGCAAUUCGUCACGGGAACGUCAAAGGUGCCGCUGCAGGGCUUUGCGGCGCUUGAGGGCAUGAAUGGCAUCCAGAAGUUCCAGAUUCACCGUGACGACCGAUCGACUGACCGUCUCCCCUCGGCUCACACAUGCUUCAAUCAACUCGACCUGCCCGUGUACAAGACGUACGACAAGCUGCGGGAGUGCCUGCAGAAGGCUAUCCACGAGUGCAGCGAGGGAUUCGGGUUCGCCUAGGCGCUGUGAUAGACAGAGACUGCGAUGCUGUGACGGGGUGGGAAGGCGCGCGUUCAUUCCACUCCCCCGCGUUUCCUCCGCGUGGGGGCGGUUUGACAAAAACAAGAUGAAAAAAAACAAAGUGAGGAAAGAGAAACCUGUGUUUGCAAUAUAAAUUGCCUCUGUUUUGCAAGUUUAGGCAUAUCUGAUGGCCCUUCCGGUGGUUUUUAUUUUUUAACUAGAUUGGACUGUAAUUUUCCUUCAAAUUGUAGGUGCAAUUCCCAUCAUAGUCAUGCGCAGGGUUCUUUUUUAACAAUAAAAACUGCUUUUCUCCACGUU